UUCGGACAAAAGGGGCAGGUGAUCUCUCUCUCUCUCUCUCUCUCUCUCUCUCUCUCUCUCUCUCUCUCUCUCUCUCUCUCUCUCUCUCUCUCUCUCUCUCUCCCGGGUCGCAGACGGACGGUAUAGAUCACGUCAGAGGAGAGAUCCCUGCACGCGCUGUAGAGGACAUUUAUGUCCUGACAGAUAAAGGACUAAAGCUGCGUCCAUCCUGCGUCAUCAUGUCUCCGAUUACAGAUAAAUCCAAACUUGCUGAUGGUGGCAAGGCCAAAAAAGGUUUAAUGAAACCACAAGCAGGACUAGAGUCGAUUGCUCCUCUAAUUUGUACUGUGGAGGAAACCCCCGAGCCGAUGGUGACCACAGUGCAUGGUGCCAUCCCUUCCUGGAUCAAUGGAAACUUCCUCCGUAAUGGACCAGGGAGGUUUGAAUUUGGUAACACACACUACAACCACUGGUUUGAUGGGAUGGCCAUGCUGCACCGCUUUAAGAUCCAGAAAGGUCAGGUGACCUACAUGAGUCGGUUCCUGCAGAGCGACACCUACAGGAGGAACAGAGAACGGGACCGCAUCAUGAUUUCUGAGUUUGGUACCCUCGCCAUGCCUGACCCGUGUAAAAACUUCUUCCAAAGAUUCCUCUCUCGCUUUGAGAUGAUGGAACCCACAGACAAUGCAAGUGUGAACUUUGUCAAAUACGAAGGGGACUACUAUGUCAGUACAGAGACAAAUUUCAUGCACAAAGUCAACCUAGACAACAUGGAGUCAUCGGAAAAGGUUGAUUGGAGUAAGUUCAUUGCUGUGAACGGAGCCACUGCUCACCCACACUACGAUCCAGAUGGUACCACCUACAAUAUGGGAAACUCCUAUGGAAGCAAAGGAGCUUUGUACAACAUCAUCGUGGUCCCUCCUGAGAAGGCUGAAAGCAAAGACACUCUACAUGGAGCCAAAGUUCUCUGCUCUCUAGCACCUACAAACAAGUCCCAUCCCUCCUACUACCACAGCUUUGGCAUGUCCGAGAACUACGUGGUGUUCAUCGAGCAGCCAAUUAAGAUGGACCUCCUGAAGAUUGUCACCUGCAAGCUUAGAGGAACGGCUCUGAGUAAGGGCAUCUACUGGGAUCCCAAACAGGAAACGGUCUUCCAUCUUGUUAACAAGCAUACAGGCGAGGUUGUCCCUGUAAAGUACCAUGCCAAAGCCUUCUCCACCUUCCAUCAGAUCAACGCCUUUGAGGAUGAUGGUUUCCUGGUGCUUGAUAUGUGCUGCUCAGAUGGUGGCGAAGUCAUCAACAAUUACCUCAUCCAGAACCUACGCAAGUCUGGAAAGGCGCUUGAUGAAUUCUACAACUCCAUAGAGAAGGCAUUCCCUCGGCGUUUUGUUCUGCCCUUGAAUGUGACCAGUGAAACCCCAAUGGGUCAGAACUUGAACACUAGAGCCUCCAGUGAAGCAACCUGUGUCAAAAUAAGCCCAGAGAAGGUGUUCUGCCAACAUGAGGAUCUCCAUGGAGACGACCUUUAUGACUUUGGCGGUCUGGAGUUCCCUCAGAUCAACUACAGCCGAGUUAACACCCGAUCGUACCGCUAUUUCUAUGGCUGUGGCUUCAGACACUUGGUGGGAGACUCACUGCUCAAGAUGGACUUAAAGGACAAGACACUUAAGGCUUGGCACCAGAAGGGCUUCUACCCAUCAGAACCUGUGUUUAUUGCAUCCCCUGAUGCUGUGGAGGAGGAUGAUGGUGUCAUUUUGUCUGUGGUCCUCACCCCCUCGCAGGACAAAGGGACAUUCCUUCUUAUUCUGGAUGCUAAAACAUUUGUUGAGCUGGGAAGAGCCGGUGUUCCUGUAAACAUGGCGUAUGGUUUCCAUGGUGCCUUUGCUGCCUCUGAACAAUAAACCUGCUUAUGUUGGAUUUUAAAUGAAAUGAUGCAGCAUAACCACUAUAUUCCUGCUGCUACAUAUGAAAAAACAGCAUUUAUGUGUUAUUCAGUUCAGUGUUACAGACAGAAUUAUGGCUGAUAGUUAUUAUAUGUUAGAAUCACAUUAUUCCUAAUUAUCACACAUCCAUAGCUUAAUGUGAAACAUCAGCAGAAAAGUUCAUCCAAACAUUGGACCCUUUAAUAUGUAAUGAAGUGCCACAGCGACUAUUUCAACCGCUGUUCCUUUUUUACUUUUGUGUAUCAAAUGCUUUUAUAUUAUAUUCAAAUAAACAGUUAUUUUUGACUUAUGUUCAUUUUUUUAUAGUUUGGAAAAUAGUCUUUGCAAAACUCACAUUACACACAAAAACACACUUUGAUAAAUUAAAAUGCAAAUGAUAGAUAUUUAGAUUUUAUAUGCGAUUGUAUUUUAUUUGAAUAAAAAAUGCAUUUUUG